AUGAAGUUGUACCUCGAGUCCGUCAGCGAAGGAAACCGGUCACUGGCCAUCCUUGGCCAACUGGACAGUGAGGUCUACGCCGUUGCCAGAGCGGCCAACAUCACUCCUUCGCUGACUACCGCGACAAUCUUCGAGCGUCUUCGGCGAGAGUUCGGUCGCUCUUCCAUGCCAUGGGUUGCUCGCGCAACACUGAGGGAAUGUCGCCAGCAUUCUGGAGCGUCCGUGGUCGACUUCAAGCGACUCUUACGUGUCCUGGCCAAGCACGCAUACCCAGACGGCUCUUGUGCUGCCCUGGAAGACAGGAUUCUCGAUAACUUCGUCGAUGGUGUUGCCAACCCAGACAUUCGACGCAAGUUCAUGCUGGAUCCACCUAAAACCCUCAAAGCGGCACUCGACAUCACCCGCGAUGAAGAAGUGGUCUCCGCCGCGCUGUCCUCAUCCCCCGGACCUUCCUUCUCAGUGGCCGCGGCUCCCCCCGCUUCCAAACUGCCUCUGCGCAAGGCCAGAUGGCCAAUGUCUUCGCCAUGGGACAGCGACCGACCUGCGACAUUGGGACGCAAACAGCGAGAUGGCAGUGGGAUCCCCAACAAUCGUCCACUCCUUGAUAUGACCAGCAGCGAUCUACUCCUCGGCGUGGAAACUGGAGGGAUCAACGCGGGCGUUGGACUCGCCCUCAAUACACGCCCGGUGUUCAUUCGAUCACCGCAGGUGAGGAAGAAGAGAGCGGUAAGUUAG